AGGCCUGCAAAGAAGAUUAGGGGACUAGAACAUCUGUUUUAUGAAGAAGGCUGAAGGACUUGGGGCCAGGAGAGGACUGAGGGGGGGAUUUUAUUGAUUAUUUAUAAAUACUUAUAGGGUGGGUGUCAGGAGGAUGGGGCCAGUCAUUUUUCAGUGGUUCUCAGUAACAGGACAAGAGGUAAUGGGGACAGAUUUGAACAUAGGAGGUUCCAUCACAACAUGAGGAGGAAUUUCUUUAUGUUGAGGUUGCUGGGGCACUGGAGGAGGUGGUGGUGUCUCCAUUUCUGGAAUCAUUCAAAGCCCAUCUGUAUGCUAUCCUGUGCAACCUGCUCUAAGUGAACUUUCUCUGGUUGGGCAGUUGGACUAGAUGAUCUCCAGAGGUCACUUUCAGCCCCUAUCAUUCUUUGAUUUUGUGGGUCCUGAUUGAUAAUCUGGGAAUUUGUUAAUGGUUUACUUGUUGCCUAGCAACUUGGAGGCAAAAAUAAGAAGAGACCUGGAAGGCCAAGCUUUAGAAUGGACACAGGAAGAUGGUCUAUGUCUAUGAAACAAGUUUGUGCGGCAUGUAUGAUCUCAUUUUCUCGGCACCCAUUGUGAUGUUUCUGACAUGGGCUGUGUUGUUUCUACAGCACUCAGCAAUGGCUGAGACACCAACAGCAGCAAGGACAGCAGCACCAACCAUUUUAGAUGAGCUCCUGGAGAUCACAGCUCAGAGCCUGGUGCGCACCGAGGUGUCUGAGCACUAUGAGGUUAUUCGGGAGCUGGGCAGGGGCAAAUACGGCCAUGUGAUGCUAGUGACACACAGACAGAAAGGGACUCCUAUGGCUCUCAAGCUGCUACCCAAAGCCAGUACCAAGCUGCACGCCUUCCUGUAUGAGUAUUGCGUGGCGCUCUCCCUUGCCACCCACCCUGCCAUCAUCAGCAUGUUUGGAAUUGCCAUAGAGUCUAGCCAGUACUAUGGCUUCCUCUAUGAACCAGCACUGCAUAAAGAUCUCAUCUCUAUCAUCAAACCUCGGGAUGGGAUCCCUGAGCUAGCUGCUAAGCACUGUGCCAAGCAGCUUGUGAGUGCACUGGAGUUCAUCCAUAGCCGAGGGCUCGUGUACCGUGAUGUCAAGCCUGAGAAUGUGCUGCUUUUCGAUCCUGAGUGUCGACGCAUCAAGCUGACUGACUUCGGGCUUACAAGGCCCAGGGGUACCAAGCUGAAGCUGGUGGCUGGAGUACUCCCCUAUACUGCCCCUGAGCUAAGCAACACUACUGAUGCCCAGGGGCUACCCAUUGAUACCAGCUUGGAUGCCUGGGCCUUUGGUGUGCUGCUUUUCUGCCUGCUGACCGGCUACUUCCCCUGGGAGCAGAGCCUGCCAGAUGACCCUUUCUUUGAGGACUUCAUGCUGUGGCAGGAAACUGGCCUGGAGAAGGACCUGCCCCGCCACUGGAAACGUCUGACAGCUGAUGCUGCCCUGAUGCUACGGGACCUGCUGGCCCUAGAUCCCACCAAGCGCAGCCCUGUCAGCAGAGCAUUGCGCUAUGUUGAUUGCCCUUGGCGGCUGGAGGAUCGGCAUGGUGAGGAGGCCACAGCGAAGCCCUAGACCCCACUCUCCACAAAG